CUAUCUCCAUUCUCCACCCUUUGUUCCUGGAGGAAAAAAAAAUCUGUUUUCCUACCGUAUGUGGGUGGUGGCAACGCCUCUAACUUCCUCUCCAUUCAAAUCUAUCACCACCACAACCACAACCAUCAUCACCACUAGUUGAAGUACUACAUUCCUCACAUGGAUCUACUCUUUUCUUCCUUUAUCUCACAUAUCCUCACCCUCUUUCUUGCUCUAUCCUUACUCUCCAAAGGUGUUUUUGGAGCAAAAUUCACAUUUGUCAACAAAUGUGAUUACGCAGUAUGGCCAGGCAUACUCGCCAAUGCCGGAAGUCCACCUCUGGACACCACAGGUUUCGAGCUCCUAGAACAGAGCUCGCGUUCACUCCCGGCUCCAACCGGUUGGUCCGGUCGUUUCUGGGCCUGAACCGGAUGCAAAUUCGACAGAUCCGGUUCAGGCUCAUGCCAAACUGGCGACUGCGGCUCUGGACAACUCGAAUGUAAUGGAGCCGGAGCCGCACCGCCAACAACACUGGCAGAGUUCACAUUGGGAACAACAGGCGGGUCGGACUUCUAUGACGUCAGUUUAGUAGACGGGUAUAAUGUAGCUAUGAUUGUGGAAGUUUCGGGUGGGUCGGGUUUGUGUGCAACAACCGGGUGUGUUAGUGACUUGAACCGGGUGUGCCCGAGUGAGUUACGGGUGGACUCGGGUCUAGGUUGUAAGAGCGCGUGUGAGGCGUUUGGGAGCCCAGAGUACUGUUGUAGCGGGCCGUAUAAUACGCCCACCACGUGUAAGCCGUCGGUGUAUUCCCAAAUGUUUAAGGCCGCUUGUCCUAGAUCGUAUAGCUACGCGUAUGAUGAUCCAACUAGCACGUUUACGUGCGCUGGAGCAGAUUAUACGGUGACGUUUUGUCCUUCUUUGCCAAGUCAGAAAUCUUCUAGGGACAUGUCUCCUCCUGCAACAACCGCCACCGAUGCUAACGCUUACACCGCCCAAGACGGCGGUAACGAGUCCAUAUCCGGACCAGUUACAGAAUCCGGAUAUGGGUACGCUUCAUUGUCGGGGUCAGGGUUGGGCUCAGAAUCAGACACGGGAUCCGGUUCAGUAUCCGGGACCGGAUCAGGAACCGAAGCCCUUGAGGCUAAUGAAUCAUGGUUAGCUGGUUUAGCCAUGGGUGGUUCAACAAAGACUCAGCCUUUUGAUGCCACAAUCCCUUUAAUCAUUUUCAUCAUGUUUUUCUUGGGGUAGCUUUUUUCUUCAGAGCUAAAGUUUUAAAUCCUGAGCGGCGUGCAAAUUUAGAUGAAUAAAGUACAAGUUAAAGUAGCUGCACUUCUAUGGAUUUAGUUACUUUAGCUUUUGAGAAAAAAAAAAAACAUAUCGUUGGGAGCGGGCCGAAUGUUAAAAGGACGGUAGUGUCCUUGCAAAAAGGUAAGAAUGUGGCAUCUGAGGGUAAUAAUGUGAUAUCAUAUAUUAUAUUAGUUGAUUUGGAGUUUGUAAAAAGAGCUGUCUGGAAUCGAUGUAAUUUUUAUAAACACUUUCUAGAUU